CAUACUUGGGAUGCCCAACGCCACRUCUGCAUGAGCGUUGGAGAGGCUGGGAUCUGGRAUGCAUUGAUUGCUAAAGAUGUGAAAAUGGCGGAGUUACAAAUGCUUUUGGAAGAGGAGAUUCCAGCUGGACGUAGUGCUUUAUUAGAUAGUUUUACCAAUUUGGAAAGAGUUGCCGAGUAUUGCGAAAGCAACUAUGUUCAGUCACCAGAUAAGCACAGAGCGUUGGAGGAGACUAAGAACUACACCACCCAGUCCCUGGCCAGCGUAGCUUACCUGAUCAACACCUUGGCCAACAAUGUCCUGCAGAUGCUUGACAUUCAAGCCUCCCAGCUCCGCCGCAUGGAGUCCUCCAUCAACCACAUCUCACAGACAGUGGACAUCCACAAAGAGAAAGUGGCCAGGCGGGAGAUUGGCAUCCUGACCACCAAUAAGAACACCUCUCGCACACAUAAGAUCAUUGCUCCGGCCAAUCCAGAGAGGCCGGUGCGCUACAUCCGCAAGCCAAUUGACUACAGCCUGCUGGAUGACAUGGGCCAUGGAGUCAAGUGGUUGCUAAGGUUUAAGGCCAGUGCUCAGAACAUGAAGGCCGGAGCCGCAGGUCUCCCUCGCACCAACCCACCCACACAGAAGCCGCCCAGCCCACCCAUGUCAGGGAAGGGAACCAUUGG